CCUUUCUCUUCUCCUUCUUCACACACACCAUCCCCUUUGACGCUCAAAUAGGCGGCGAUGGACGGAUCCGAUACCCCAACCUCGCCGCCGCCACCACGACCUUCUCACAACCCCUUACCCUUCCGUGAGGAUUGCUGGAGCGAGGACGCCACUUUCACCCUCAUUGAGGCCUGGGGCGAUCGUUACCUCGAACUCAACCGUGGCAACCUCCGUCAGAAACACUGGCAGGAGGUCGCCGAUGCUGUUAACACUCGUCACGGUGCCAACAAGAAGGCCCGACGCACCGACGUCCAGUGCAAGAACCGGAUCGACACCUUGAAGAAGAAGUAUAAGAUCGAGAAGGGUCGGAUUCUUGCCUCUGACGGAACCCUAACCAGUAAAUGGCCUUUCUAUUACCGCCUUGAUGCUCUGAUUGGAUCUACGGUUCCUGCCAAGAAAUCUUCGCCUCCUCUGGCCCUUCCUUUGCCCUAUCGAAAAACCCCUCCUUCGCUCCCUCACGCUUCGCCGGUCCCGCUUCCGGUUAGAUCCGGUAAGGAGAAGCGCCCUUCUCCGGCCGUUGAUGAUUCGUUCUUCCGUAGGAAUAUCUCUGCGGCUGCCGCGGCGGCUGCUGCUGCUGAUGAUGACGAUGACGACGUGGAUUCGGGAUCGUCGAGAUCGAGCACGGAGAGCCGGCGUCGGGAUGGCGAGAUGAAUGGGUUUCGUCAACUGGCGCAGGCGAUUACGAGGUUUGGGGAGAUUUAUGAGAGGGUCGAAGGAACCAAGCAACGGCAGAUGAUUGAAUUGGAGAAGCAGAGGAUGCAGUUUGCCAAAGAUUUGGAGUUUCAGAGGAUGCAGCUUUUUAUGGAUACCCAGGUUCAGCUUGAGAAGAUUAAACGUGCUAAGAGAGCUUCUGGUUCUGAUAGUUACCUAUAGCCAGCCAUUCGAGAGCUUUUCAUAUUGAGUUUGGUCUUUGGAAACAUACAUUGUAGUCCAUGAAAUUUCGGCCACUUCUGCUUUGCAAACUUUUCCAUCAAAUGUUGGUACAAGUAACAAAUGGAGAAUUUUGUCUCUCUGAUGCCAAGAGUCGGAGGUGGCUUGGCUGGCACUGGAGCUUCGAGUAGAAAUGUAUAGUUACAGUAAAUAUAUGUCAUCUGGUGAAUUCUAUUUAUUUGUUUUUGGGACAAAGCUAGAAUAUUCUGAGCAGAUAAAAUUAUUAACAUUGAUCAUCA